AAAAGAUAUUAAUUGUACAUAAUUAAUUUAGACAUUUUGUUUAAUUAUAUUUUUAAUAAAAAUUAAAAAAAAAAAAUUAAUUAUAACAAUAUCCAAAAAUAUAGUAUAUAAAAGAAAUGAUGAGAAUAACUGGGCUCACGGCCAACUAAAUAUUAACCAAUGAUUUGCAUAAUGUUUUAAAAGGAACUUUAACAUUAAAUUCCUUAUUAUCAAAUAUUUUAUAUGUAGUUAAAAUCUAUAUGAAAAUUUCAAAUAUAUAUUUUUUAAUAUUACAAAAUAUUACGCUUAUGAUUUAUGGUAUACUAAAAAGAAAAAAAUUGUACAAUUAAAAAAUCCUGUAAAGAAAUUUAUAAAAUAUGAAAAUUCGUAAGGAAAGUAGUUGCAUGGAAAUGAGUGCCUUUUUUUUAAUAAAAUUGUUUAUAGUGCAGUGAAGAAGAGUGUUAAAAGGAAUUGUGAUUUGAAGCGUAUAACGCUAUUGAAAACUUGAAAAAGUUAUAAAACUAUUAAAUUUUAAUUGUAGAAAAAAUAUAUUUAACUACAACAGUAUUUUAAUUACAACCGAUUAUAUUUAAUAUGGUUUUUUAAACCAUCUACUAUAUAUGCUAUUAAGUUUAUGUGAUUGAUGUAAAAAUAUCUUAAGAAAUAUAAAAAUUAUAAAGGCCUAUAAAAUAUAUUAAAAAUUUUUGUUUUUCAAAUUUAAUAUUUGUGAUUUAUAAUCUUUUUUUCAUGUGGAAAUUUAUACUAUAAAUUUUUUAGAAUUUUCACUAAAGUGAAAAAAGUGAAUUCUUCAACAUUUUGGAUUUACCAUUAAAAAUUUUAAUAAUAUAAAUAGCAAACAUGUCUGAUAACGAAGACAACGAUAAUGAUAAGGACAAAGAAAAUUCUGAAACUAAAUUAAUAUCUACUGAAGAUGAUGGUAUAAUGAUUAAAUGUAAAAAUAACUGUGACGAUAUUGUAGAAGAAAUAACCAAAACUGAAGAAAAUUAUAAUAAUGAGAAAACAAGAAAAAGAAAUGAUAUUAUGAAUAGAGAUGAUGGCAACGAUGAUGGUGAUGAUUCCGAAAAUGAUGAAAGUUAUGAUGAUAUUGAUUUUGAAGUUGAAAGUAAAUCACAAAAAAGUUAUGAUGAGGCAACAACAUUAUGUGUAGAUGAAAAUCAUCCAGAAAAUGGAUUUAAUGAAAUGGAAACGAAUUUGGAACGUACAAGUUACAAUUCAACGUCACGUGAAGAGCUUGAAUAUGGUGAUUUUUUCGAAGAUCGAAAGCAUAAUAAAAGCAAUCAAUCUUUUAAACGUCCUAAAAAGAUUUUAACAAAAUCAGAUGUUCUUAAAAGGAAUCUUAAUCCAACUCAAUUCAAAAAAUUACCAAAAAUUAGUAUAACACCAUCUACAAAAAGGAAAACUUAUGAUAGAACCCCACAUUCGAAUUUUGUUCAACUUAACGAGCUUAUUGAAAAUAAUGAUACAAUGGAAUGGAAAGAAAUAGCACGUUGGAUUAAAUAUGAAGAACAUAUUGAAGAGGGUUCUGAUCGUUGGGGUAGACCUCAUGUGGCAACAUUAUCCUUCCAUAGUUUGUUGAACUUGAGACAAUGUCUUGAAACUUGUGUUUUUAUGUUAGAUUUAGAAGAAAAUGAUUUGCCAGCAAUAACAUAUAGGAUUAUUGAACAGCUUUCAAUUGAAAAUCAAAUAUCACCAGAAGAAAAACCAGCUAUUAUGAGAGCAAUGCUAAUAAAACAUAGGCAUGUUAAUGAAAAUAAAGCUGGAAGUUUUUCAUUUGGCCGGAAAAAAUGUAGCAGUUAUUCAAGUUUACAGUUACAAUGGCUUCAAGAUGAUAAUCGUGCAAGAGCAUCAAUAUCUUCAAUACAGGGAUUUGAAGUGCAAUUACAACCAAAGAUACCUAAUCGAAGGCAUUCUUAUAAUUUAGCGGAGCCUAAUAUUAAAUCUAUACUUGGAAAUGGAAAUGAAAUCAAUGGUAACAGUCGAAGUCCAAUUGAUAUGAAAAUUGAAAUAAAUAAUAUAGGAUCAACUUCUAUUGAAGAUUUCAAAGUUGCACAAAAUGAUUCAUUAUUAAAAAGAAUACCAGUUGGAGCUGAAGCAACUGCUGUUUUAAUUGGUUCAGUUGAUUUUUUAAAUAAUAAUGCUGUUGCUUUUGUUCGUUUAUCAUCUGGUGUUCCAUUACCAGGUGUUACAGAAGUGUUAAUACCAGUACGCUUUAUAUUUAUCUUACUUGGACCAAAAUAUACAGAUUUAGAUUAUAAUGAAAUUGGUCGUUCUUUAGCCACAUUAAUGUCAAAUGAACAUUUUUUAGAAAUAGCAUAUGAAGCAGAUCGACGACAAGAUUUAAUUAAUGGAAUCAAUGACUUCCUAGAUGAUUCCAUCGUUUUACCACCUGGUAAUUGGGAUCGAGUUGAUCUUUUACCAUUUGAUGAACUUCGAGAAAAGAAGGAUUGGAUUAAAUCACGUAAAAAGAAAAAGUUAAAGGAAGCUUCGGAACAUCGGAAAAAGCACCCUGAAGAAAAACGUCUAGAAGUUAAAUUAACUGAUGAUGAUUUAAAUAAGAAACUUGAAACAUCAAAAGGACCAUUAGAAAAAACACAUCGUUGUUGGGGCGGUUUACGUAAUGAUUUGAAGCGUCGCUUACGUUUAUCAAUGUAUAAAAGUGACAUUGUUGACGGUUUGAAUUCAGAAACAUUAGCGGCCACAGUUUUUAUGUAUUUCGCUUGUUUAUCAACUGCAAUAACAUUUGGUGGCUUAGCAUCUGAAAAGACUGAUGACAAAAUUGGUAUAUCAGAAACUUUAAUUUCAGCAUCACUAGUUGGAAUAGUAUUCCAUGCAUUCGCUGGUCAGCCAUUGGUAAUAAUUGGUACAACAGGACCGUUAUUGUUAUUCGAUCAAGCAUUAUACGAAUUUUGUUUGGAAUCAAAAUUAAAUUUUCUAACUAUAAGAGCCUAUGUUGGUUUUUGGUUAAUUAUAAUUAGUUUAAUUGUAUCCGCUUUUGAAGGAAGUGUAUACGUACGUUUAUUAACACGAUUCACGCAAGAAAUAUUUUCAGCUUUAAUAACGUUAAUUUAUAUAUUAGAAACGAUUACUAAACUAUAUGAGGUCUAUUGCGAAAAUCCACUAUUAGUUAAAUAUUCUUAUAAUGAAACUAAUUUUCGAUAUGAUAAUUUUAAUGAAACUGUGUUAACAACAACAACUUUACUACCGCCUAUAUCGUCUUGGACAACGGAUUAUACUAUACUAAAUAAUACAAUAACAAUUAAAAAAAUUAAGACAGCACCUAUAUCAAAACCGAAUACAGCAUUAUUUUGUACAAUUUUAACAUUGGGAACAUAUGCAUUGGCAAGCUAUUUAAAAGAAUUUCGUAAUUCACACUUUUUAGGCAGAAAUGCUAGACGUGCUUUAGGAGAUUUUGGUGUACCAAUAGCAAUAGCUGUAUUUGUAACAAUAGAUUAUAUGAAACCCCAAGUAAAAACUGAAAAAUUAACAGUUCCUGAUGGUUUACAACCAACAGAUCCGUCACGUAAUAGCUGGCUUAUUAAUUUUGAGGAUAUACCAAAUUGGUAUUUUGGUAUAUUUGCUGGAAUUCCAGCUAUACUAGUAUACAUUUUGAUAUUUAUGGAAACUCAUAUAUCUGAAUUAAUUGUUGAUAAACCGGAACGUGGUUUAAAAAAAGGUUCCGGUUUACAUUUUGAUAUUGUACUAUUGUGUUUGUUAAAUGCUUUAUGUGGAUGUUUAGGAUUUCCAUGGCACUGUGCAGCAACUGUACGUUCGGUUGCACACGUUUCAGCUGUAACAGUUAUGUCAAGGACUCAUGCACCCGGAGAGCUUCCAACUGUUGUAGAAGUUAAAGAACAAAGAUUAUCAGGAUUUUUUGUUGCUGUUCUCAUCGGUUUAUCUGUAAAUAUGGCACCACUUUUAAGACUUAUUCCUAUGGCUGUACUUUUUGGCGUUUUCUUAUAUAUGGGUGUUGCUUCCAUGACUGGUGUACAAUUUUUUGAUAGAUUAUGGUUAUUCUUUAUGCCUGUUAAACAUCACCCACCAGUUCCAUAUGUUAAAAGAGUUCCAACAUGGAAAAUGCAUUUAUUUACUGGGAUUCAAUUAUCGUGUUUAUGUGUUUUAUGGGCUGUUAAAUCUUCAAGAUUUUCAUUAGCUUUUCCAUUUUUCUUAUUACUUUUAGUACCAUUAAGAAUUAAAUUGGCAUCAUUCUAUACUGAAGCAGAAAUCAAUGCGCUUGACGGAAAUCAACAGAAAGGUGAAGAAGCUGACUUUUAUGAGCAAGCUGUAAUUCCAGCAUAAAUUACUUCAUUCUUAAAAUAAUAUUUAUGUAUUAAUGCACGAAUUUUCCAAAAUCUAUAAAGAAUAAAAAAAAUGUAUAUUACGUUUUAAUUUAAUUAACAAAAUUCAAUUUAAUACAAUAAAAAAAUUUACAAGAACAUAGAAAAUAACUUUUCAAGCAUUUUUUGAAAAAAAAAAUCUCAAACUAAAAACGAUUUAAUAUACAAAUUUUAAAAACUUAGUUUAGGUUGAACCAUUUGGAAAACUAUAAUAAAGCUUUGAUUUCCAAAUUAAUUAUU